UGAGAGGUGAAUAGGCCCAGUCAAAUUUUGGCAGUAGGAGGAGCGCUAUAAAAUCGCGGCUGAUUUCGGCUAUCCACAUCAGUCUCUUCUUCAGCACCAGAGUAGCUGUACACACCUAUCAUCUUCAACAUGAAAACAAUCAUCGCCCUCUGCGCCGUCCUGGCCAUCGCCGUCGCUGCUCCCCCUCACCACGAUUACAGCCAGACGGUACUCGUAAAGGAAACCCCAUCGGACAACAUCGGUCUUGAUGGAUAUCAAUACGGUUACGAACUUUCCAAUGGCCAAGCUCACCAGGAGUCCGCCCAGCUAGUGAACGUCGGCCAAGAGAAUGAGAGCCUCGCUGUCCGCGGUAGCUUCACCUAUGUCGAUCCGGAAACCAACGUCAGAUACACCGUCAACUACGUCGCCGACGAGAACGGUUUCCACCCCGAGGGAGCGCAUCUACCUGCCGUCUAAACCGAUUAAUUAAAAGCCGAUUGUAAAUAAUACGCGUGCAAGAAUUUGGUCAUCCGAGAUUACGGCUACUGUUUGGAAAAAAUUGUCGAUUUUUACAAUUUCACAUCGUAGCGAUCCAAUUUCGUUUGUGUACAAUAGUUCAAUCCACACAUUUCUAAUAAAUAAGAUUUUUAUUAAAAAUGUACGGAGAAAAAUAUUAUUUUUGUAUUUUGAUAAUUAUAGCUUAAAAGUGUAUUAAGUAA